AUGGCGGGCCGUCUCAAAGAUGCCAUCAAGAAGCGAGCUUCACGUCUGCUCCAUAGAAACAAAGAUGAAGAAAGAGACACACCCGAGGGUGCAGACUCACAGCCUUCAAGCAACAGAAACAGUCUGAAUUCCUUGAGUAGAAAGUCACAGCCACGCCAUCGGAAGUCAUUGAGUCUCUUGAGUCGAAGCUCAAAGGCAGAACGAGAAGAUGGUCAUGACGUCCACCAGACACAGGCGCCCGAAAAUCGCUAUGAUGUACAUCCAGCUGUUCAGCCAUUGGAGGCAGAUUUAGAGCCCAAAACUCCCAGAUUAGAGCGUCAACGUCCCGGUAUCAAAUCGGAAGACACCGAUGACCAAAACGCUGAUGGUAAUGCCCAGGGCAAAGAUUAUUUCGAUGGUGCCUCGGACGAAGCUGCUCGGCAAGAUCAGCCGAAACAGGAGAACGCGAACCGUACAACACACCAAAACACAAGUCCAGCCAACUCACCUGAUGCGGUUGAACUCGAGAGAAGGCUUUCCCGUCUAGCUGUCUCGCGGCAAGAGUUGGAGCUUCCUGAGAUAGAUGUCGCCCCUUUGACACCUUUUGAAUACGUCCAAGAGGUCGAUACUACACAGGCGAAACUCUCACGGCUUGCAAUCGGGCAAGAAGGUCCUGAGAAAGCAUCAACACACAUCGAGCCCUUAUCUCAAGAGUCUGAUGUUAACCUCGAGUCCAAUGCUAGCCAAGAGGCCAACAUCAAACACAAUUUGGAAGCCAUUCAUCUUCGAGACGCCGAGUUCGAUCGCAUCAAUAAGGAAGUUCAAGCCGGCACAAACGGUGAAGCCAACUUCCACCUACAGAAUAGCCUGGACUUUGACCGGACAGUUCACAACCAAGAACCGGUCGUGCAUGAAUCGGUUCGCCCCCAUGUUCAUACGAUAUAUGAGCCGAAACGCACGCUGUCGAUUCACCAUCAUGAGCAUCGAACUCUGAUCCAGCCGAUCAAAGACCCCAACCCUACCAUACUUCCAGAGCAACACUGGCUUCAAGAUGACAGGACGGGAGAGAUAUAUAGAAUCCCUGACGAAUUAGGAAAGCAACUGAUGUAG